CUCAGGCUUGCAGUUCUACACUGACAGCUGCCUUCGCGUCCCACUCAGUCAAAAUGCGGCAAGCAAGCGACGUCCUGUCCACAUCUCUCCGCCGUGCCUCUGGUGCGAAGAGAUGCGCCUCGAGCGCAUCUUCGACUGCCAAACGGCCCAUGUUGCCGGUGCCCAAGGAGCGGAUGCGUGCCCUCGUCUCGCUGUACCAUCAGUCGGACCAGUUCCUCACACCGAGCAACCUCGCCGCGACGAUAGACUACGAGUUCAUCACGAAGCACACCGAAGGGAUGUCGGUCGGCCGCUCGGACGAGUACAACUACGCCAACCUCCAAGAGCAGCACCGGCAGCUGAAGGCGUCGCCCAAGAUCGGUGACUCGCGGGUUUCCUUCGAGUCGGAGAAGGUUGAGAUGUGGAGCGGGAGCAGACAUGUGAGGGACAGGAAAGUGCUGCGGGCGUUGUACGGGCUCGAAUUUGGAAAGAGGCCGGGACUGGAUGUGCUGGAGGAGGAGAGCGAACGAGUGCGGAGAGAGGUCCUCCAGCCGGAUGCCCAAAUGGUCAAGUCGUCAUAGACGGUGUGUAGCUAUCAGGGCUCUCUGUGUUUGGUGGUGUCCUCAUUCCCUGCGUGCAGGUUCGCGCCACGUUACAGCGUUGCACUAUACAUUCGGACGUCUGCUGGGACGCCUCGAAUCUGCGUUGCGAAGUUUCCGGCCGGCCUUGCUGGCUGUCGGACAUGCUCCUUGUGUACUUCUCCGACAUACUUGAAGUAAACCCGAUUCGAGGAUCGUACACUGCUCUGCCCACGACUUUCCAUCAACAUCGCAAGCCCGUCGAAUAUGCCAAUGAC